CAGGCACAGCGGGAGGCUCACCCUAUCUGCCAGGGUAGCUUCUCAUUCUAAAGUGUCAGACUUGAGUCUGGAUGCUCCUCCUGUCCCAUCCCGGUUUUGGGGUUUGAUUUCUGAUCUGCGUUGUGACUGCAGAGCAACCGGCCAUGCACCCUGGAUUCCCUGCGGCCCCUGGGCUCUCUGAACCAGGGCCCCGAGAGUUGUGCGCUUUUGUGAGCGGGGCUUCAGCCCACAUCCUGCGAGCCCUGCAGCCCAGGCGUACCCGGCCCCCCAAGCGCAAGCCCAACCACCGGAGGUUUCUACACAACCAGAUCUGCAGGCAGUUUGCCAAGAUUGAAGCCGCCACCCAGCACCUGGCCCUGUCCAUCCUGUCUCAAAAAGCACCUCCCCAGAGACCACCACCCAGAAGACCACCUCCACUGCCUCCAUCCCCCUUUCUGGGGGUGGCCUGUGCUGAGGCCCCCGUGGAAGUGCCCCACGACGAUGGCCCCAGCCUAAGUCUAGCUGCUCUGGACACCUCGACACUUGACCUCUUUGAUGACAUUCUGCUCACUCCUGCAUGUCCCCUGGUGGCUACUGAAGACUUCUGCCAGACACCCCAAGAGGCGUCUGAACUCAUCUCUCCUGCUCCAGGCCCAGGAAACCAGAGAGACCCAACCCCAGUGAAGGCUCCAAGGUUCUCCAGUCCUCUGCCCCCUCCCCAGAACGCCCACGGGGAAAGUCCAGAGCCUACAGCUCUAGGCUGGGGUUGGGUGGACAGUUGGGAGGCACCUUGUGCCUGGGAUCCUAGAGGAAUUCUGGAUGGCUGGGGGACCCUUUGAAACCUAUUCGAGACACAGGCCCGACCCAAUCUCCCCUCUUGACAGUCCUGAGAUGUACAACUCAGCUGGUAGACUGUGUGCCCAAUGUGCAAGCAUCCCAGGGUUCCAGCCCCAGAACCCACAAACCUGUACAACAAACCAAUCCCAGACGCUCACUGGGUACCACCAGGAGCUCUGCUCCUGGGCCCAGGGCCCCUCUGUUCACUCCCUGCCUAUGAAUUUUCCUUUCUCCCUUCCCAGCACAGGUUGCCUCCUCUUCCCUCCCCCACUCUUCUCUCCCUGGUGUCUGCUCUCUCUUUCAAUAGUCCCCCAAUUCUUGGUGUUAUGACCCUGCAGUAGACAAAGGUGGACAGGAGCCCCACCUUGUGGUGCUCAAACAGGAUGUGGGGGGUGAGAGAGAAUACAUGAGAACCCUCAGAGAGUUUCCACAGCCAGAUGAAAUGCGAACUUCUGAUCAGAAUAGCUGCUGGGAUAUAAAUAAAAUG